UCUCUGAACCGUUUCAAGUUUUUCUAGGUUUAAUUUUUGGCCAAUUCAAAUUUCUCAUCCCAUUGUCUCGAAACUAACAUAUUUAUCAAAUGAUUAUGGAAGGCCUCAUCAGAUAUUUCGUCGUUUUCAUGAUGUGGUUGUCGCCGUCUUUAGCUCGUAGGGAAUGCAUGCGGGGAGAACUACUUAGCAUGCGACAUGAACAAAUCGGUGGAUAUGUCAACAUAUUUUCUACUUUUCUUAAUGAAACUUUUGCUGAGGGCAAAAUUGAUCUUUUUCAAACUUUGGUGAAUCCUACAUUGGGCAUAGAACUCACAAGAUGGGGUCUUGUCGAAAGCUCAACAAACCUUUUCAACUCAUCAAUUUUAAUUUGUGAAAUUGAACGCAUGUCUAGAGUAAAUUUGUUUACGAAAGUGUUCGGUGAGGUCGUCAAGAAAAUGACUAAUUUCACGUUGACAUGCCCUUUACCAGCUGGAGUAUAUUUUGUUAGGCUUGGCGUGGACGACUUGAAAAGGAUCUUUCCCCUACGUUUAUUAUAUCGAGAAAACACAUUUUUAACGGCACUUGCCCAAUUUUAUGAGCAAAAACAAAAAGGAGAUUAUACCUUGUUUGGACAAGCUUUGUUCAACUUUCAAAUAAAGCGCUAUUGCUAAUAUCACCUGCGAGGAAAAUAGUAAAAAGGGCGUUGUCGAAUGGUCAUUAUACUAUUUUCUUAAAUAAAUAAAACAAAAGCAACAAAAAACAUAGUAAACAUUGUUUAAAAUAACCUUUC